AUGCCCUCCAACUACAAACGAGACUGGGCGGUCGAGCACCCCAAGUCGUCCAAACGAGAAAGGCGCGGGGUCACCCAAGUCCAAGAGACCAGCUUACCGACGGCAGCAACGGCAGCAACGGCGGACACGGACGAGGACGCAGACGAAGAUACCGCCGUCAUGUGCACCUACGACAGCAAUAACCACACAACGUUUUUCACCCAGCGAGUCAUCCCCAGUGUCAUGUCUUCGUACCUCCGAGCAGGAUCGCAGUUUGUGGGCACCCAGGUGUCCAAGAGCCAGAAGCAUGCGGUCAACGUGGAAAUCAAGUACGUGGACAUGGCCAACUACUUUCUGUGUGGCUACUUCCGGAUCCAGGGUCUGGACGGAGCAAAUACAGACCUCACCACAUACUUUGAGGGAGAAAUAAUCGGGCCCAAGUACUCCUUCUACACCCGCCGACCCGAGUGGGGAGCCAAGGAAAAAACAGACCUGACCCACUGGGGUCGGUUCCCGCCCUGGAGACACAUUCAAAAACAGGCCAUGGACCCGGACUACGUGCAUGAGGACUUUGACAAGCUGGACCACAUUUACAUGCGGUGGAAGGAGUGUUUUCUGGUGCCCGAGGAGCAGACCAUCCAGGCGUCCUACGCCGGAUUCUACUACAUUUGCUUCAACCAGGUCGAGGGCAAGAUUAACGGUCUGUACUAUCACGAUAGCGCCGUCAAGUUCCAGGAGCUGAGUCUCAGUCCGGUCGACGGGCCGCUUUGUUUCCAGUCUUUCGAGUUUGCCUAG